AUGAAACUGAUAAAAUUGGGAUUAUUAGAAGCAAUCAUUUUUGAUCAAAGAAGAAUGCGAGAAUCAGCGAAACCGCCAGUACGUGGCAAAACAUCACCAUAUGGAUUCUUUGUGAAAAUGUGUUAUGAAGAGCAUAAAAAGAAAUAUCCAAACGAAAAUGUUCAAGUGACUGAAAUAAGCAAAAAGUGUUCAGAGAAAUGGAAGACUAUGUCCGAUGAUGAAAAACGGAGGUUCUUUGAGUUGGCACAAAAAGAUGCAGAACGCUAUCAAGCUGAAGUUGCUGCAUACGGUGGGGAGGAUGCGUUACGUAAACGGAAGCGUGUCAAGAAAGAUCCAAAUGCGCCGAAACGAGCCUUAUCCGCCUUCUUUUUCUUCUCCCAUGAUAAGCGGCCUGAGGUGCAACAACAACAUCCUGAGUGGAAAGUUGGUCAGGUUGCACAAGAGUUGGGUCGUUUCUGGAAAGCACUGGGUGAGGAGGAACGAGCUGUGUACGAACGAAAAGCACUUGAAGAUAAAGAGCGAUACGCUGAGGAGAUGCGAAAUUACAAAGGAACACCAGUGCAAACGAUAACAUCCAUGAAAAUGCCUAUGAUGACAACAGUAGAGGGUGUUCCAACCAGUGGAAUGAUGCAAAUGGGAGUACCGCCAGCACAUGCCCAACAAAUGGUCCAGUCACAAGAAGUGAAUGAUGAAUGUGCCGAGGCUUGA